CUGGGAAAGAACGCAACGCACCACUCGUUCGACGAGCACGAGGACUUCGGCGAUAUCCGCUCGAUGCUCGAAAAGAUCUCCCAGAAGGCGCGGAUUAUCUUGAUGUGUGCCUCACCGGACACAAUAAGGGAGAUUAUGCUGGCCGCUCUCGAACUCAACAUGGUGGGCAGCGGAGAGUACGUCUUCUUCUCGGUCGAGCUCUUCAGCAGCCGCAACGACAGCCGCAAGCCCUGGUUCCGCAAGGGCGACCCCGAGGCGAAGAACGCUUUAGCCCAGAAGGCCUACGAGGCACUGCUCACCGUCAUCGCGAGGACGCCCGAGACGGACGACUUCACCAACUUCUCCCAGGAGGUCAAAAAACUGGCCCUGGAAAAGUUCAACUUCUCAUUUGGAAACGAAGAGGUAAACAACUUUGUUGCCGCCUUCCACGAGGCUGUCAUCCUCUAUUCAAUUGCGUUGAACGAAACGCUUAGUGAAGGAGGAAGCAUAAUAAACGGCUCAGAGAUCACCCGUCGAAUGUGGAACCGGACGUUCACAGGCAUCACAGGAACUGUACGGAUCAAUGAGAACGGAGAUAGGGACGCCGACUACUCAAUACUGGACAUGGAUCCGGUUACGAAGGAGUUCCAAGUAGUGGCCAACUAUUUCGGGGUGAACAAAAGCUUCAGCGACGUUCCGGGCCGUACGAUCCACUGGCCUGGUGGGAAGCGAGUUCCUCCACCGGACACGCCACGGUGCGGCUUUGACGGCUCCAAAUGCCCCGACGAAGAGCUUCCCAAGUAUGCUAUCGUGAGUGGAGUCCUGAGUGGCUUGGUGGUCAUCCUGUGCAUCGUCUUCUUCUUCAUUUACAGGCACUUCAAGUUAGAAGCCGAGCUGGCCUCCAUGACAUGGAAAAUCCGCUGGGACGAGAUCUCCAGCUCACCACCGGGCCACUUCAAGAAAUUCGGUUCUCGAAUGAGCCUGACGAGAGCCAGCCUCGCUAGCUCGAAUUCUUCAGAAGCUAUCUUCUUCGGCGGCCGGCGCCAACUCUUUAUCGGCACUGGCUUCUACAAGGGCCAAGUUGUUGCGAUAAGACCUUUCAACAAGUUGAAGCUGGAAAUCACUCGAUCACUGCUAAUGGAGCUGAAAAACAUGAAAGAUCUGCAGCACGAUCAUAUCGUACGCUUUCUGGGAAUUUGCGAAGAACCUCCUCACUGCUGCCUGGUCACGGAAUACUGUCCACGAGGAAGUCUACAGGACAUUCUUGAAAACGACGAGAUCAAGCUCGACUGGAUGUUUCGCUAUUCGCUCAUGCACGACAUUGUAAAGGGCAUGGCCUACUUACACAACAGCGUCAUCCACAGUCACGGAAAUCUUAAGUCGUCAAACUGUGUGGUCGACAGCCGAUUCGUGUUGAAGAUCACUGACUUCGGACUGCACUGCCUCCGUUCGUCUGACUCGAACGAAAACCAUGACUCCUACGCCUACUGGAGACUGUGGGAGAGCCCUGAACUGCAACGACGUUGUGAACCACUGGCUGCUGGCUCGCAAAAGGGAGAUGUCUACUCAUUUGCCAUCAUUGCACACGAGAUCGUGCUCCGGCAGGGACCUUUCUACCUGGGUCCAUCAGUUCAACUCUGCCCUAAAGAGAUUGUGGCAAACGUGCAGUUGGGUCACAAAGUCCCGUUCCGUCCGCUUCUUGAAGACGACUGCUGCAGCGAGGAGCUGGCUCAGAUGAUCCGGAAGUGCUGGGCCGAAGACCCAGCCGAGCGACCGGAUUUUCAUACGCUGAAACCACUCAUUCGGAGGCUCAAUAAGGAGAGGCAAGGGGUAAACAUCCUGGACAAUCUUUUAUCUCGAAUGGAACAGUACGCCAACAAUUUGGAAAAAUUAGUUGAAGAGCGCACAGCAAGUUAUCUCGAAGAGAAAAGAAAAGCCGAAGACCUUUUAUACCAGCUUUUACCUCGCUCUGUGGCCAGCCAGCUCAUCAAAGGACAAUCUGUGACAGCAGAGUCGUACGAUAACGUCACAAUAUACUUCAGUGACAUCGUGGGUUUCACCUCCUUAUCAGCGCAGAGUACUCCAAUGCAGGUGGUCGAUCUUCUUAACGACCUUUACACUUGCUUCGACUCCAUCAUCGAAAACUACGAUGUUUACAAGGUGGAGACUAUCGGAGACGCCUACAUGGUGGCGUCGGGCCUGCCCGUGCGCAAUGGCAUGCUGCACGCUCGCGAGAUUGCGCGCAUGUCGCUCGCUCUGCUCAGAACCGUGCGCUCUUUCAGCAUCCGCCACCGGCCGCAGGAACAGCUUAAGCUGCGCAUCGGCAUUCACACAGGGCCUUGCGCUGCCGGAAUCGUGGGUCUGAAGAUGCCCAGGUACUGCCUCUUCGGAGACACAGUGAACACGGCAUCCCGGAUGGAAUCUAAUGGCCUACCACUGAAGAUUCACGUAAGUCCAGCUACAAAGGAAGCCCUAGAAAGGUUCAAGACAUUCCGCUUGGAGCUACGUGGCGACGUCGAACUUAAGGGCAAAGGGACGAUGACCACUUACUGGCUCGUGGAAGAGGUCGAAGACGGUGUUGUCACGACGGCGACGGCGACUGCGGAGACCCCCGGUGAACACCCGAAAGAAACCAAAGUCUGACAUGACCGCUCGUAGGCGUUGUCAUAGGAUAACCCAUCACCGUAGCUCACCGUGGCUCACGUUCGGGUACAGGACUAUGCACGAUAACGUCGGGGAACCGCUAAGCAACGCGUACACCAACUUGCGUUGCACAGCUCGACGUGGGAUGUGCACCUCACUCUAACGUGGAGACGAGAACUACGACGGCAUAAUGCACGGAACGCGGCGGCAACGGCUCACCUCACUGCCACAUCUCAGCAGCCACCACCGAGAAAUUAGCCGCUAUCUCCUCAAGAACAAAUGAUGAACAAGAUACGAGGCUUACAUGCGCGGAGCCCUCUUCUCACCGCAGACCUUCGGUGCCGGCCACUAUCAUCCGGGUUUUUCAGUGACUCGGCGCGCCGAGCCUGUAGCAAAGUUGUCUUGUGCAGUGUCAUCGCACGAACCAUUGGCGCGCCAUACAGCUCACAGA